CGGCGAUCCCAAGUCCUCCUCUGCGCUGCUUCUUCUCUCUUCCUACCCUCUUAGUCUCAGGCAAAGCUUCCGCCAGCCGGAGGCAGCUUUACUAUGGCCUGGCAGAGCCCCAGUUGCAUCGUGAACGCGAUGCAGUCCGUCCGUCGGACAGUUCAAUUGCGAUCUUUCCUCCAUACUCCCAAGAUCUCCCUUCGUUCUAAUGUUCCCUCGAUCCUCUCACAACAACGAAGAAACGCUCGUGGAUAUGCGACGGAGGUGCAAGCGGCACCCGAGAUCGACUUUGAAAAGUUCUAUACCCAACCCGCCCGGAUUGUUCCUGCAUCACCCGCCUACUUCUCCGGCAGUCCCAAAUUCAUCGACCACCUGCUGAACUUGGAGACUAUCCUAGCAAAAUGGGCUUCGUUACCGACUGUUGCUCCUAGUGAAGCGCCCCGCAUGGCCUGGUUCAAACUGGCACAAUUCCGCGACUUUGUCGGCGAGCCUGUGCCGACGAAGAAAUACAAGAACCUUAUCAAAAUCUUACAACGACUAAAUAGAAUUGACCCGAAGAUCAUGCCGAUUGAAGUGCGCGAUACCCUGAAAACCUUCCUUCGUCCGGGAAAUCCUUAUGGGAAUAAGCCGGCACCAGCGACGGUGGAUGAGAUGGGCCGGGCCCGUGGUAGAGGGAAGCGAAAGACAUCCUCGGCUGUGGUCCAUCUGGUUGAAGGAGAGGGAGACGUGAUGGUCAACGGGAAGACCCUAGUUGAAGCUUUUCCUCGUCUACAUGAUCGAGAGAGUGCUACAUGGCCUUUGAGAUGCACAUCGAGAUUGGACAAGUACAACGUGUGGGCUACUGCCCGCGGAGGAGGAGUUACUGGACAAGCAGAGGCCAUUACGUUGGCCUUGGCACGGGCAUUGUUGGUCCACGAGCCUGGACUGAAGCCUGUUCUGCGUAAAGCUGGUGUUAUCACGGUGGAUGCGCGUCGUGUGGAGAGAAAGAAGCCUGGUCAUGUCAAGGCCCGCAAGAUGCCCACCUGGGUCAAGAGGUGAAGCAGGCCUAUCCCCUGUUGUCUCGGGAGCUUCUUUUCUUCUUUCUCAUUCUUCUCCUUGCUGUAUUAUUCCACUUUCCCUUGUGACCCUCGACGAUGUAUAUUUUGUGUUGCACGCAUCCCUUCAGAUGUCAUGGCGGUCGUUUCAAAAUACGGCACUGCAUGGUCUCGGCGACAAGCAUGUACCCUUAGCUAUUGGCGUUAAUUCAUCUGAUUCAAUUGAACUAUUGGACAAGUGAUACUGUUGUACGGAGCCUUUACACAGCUAUUGGAUGGUCAAGGAAGAACGCCACUGGAUCAGCGUGUUUCAGAUCCUGGCCGGCUCAGCGGUCGUGCCAAGU